AAUCACAGCGUGCGAUGCUCGAGGGUUGUAUUCAGCCAUGUUGUGGUUUUGAAUGAGGAAGAAGCGGGAGAUAAUAUUCUUCAACGAGUUUAUAUGCGUUUUAAAGUCACGUUUGGGACAUAUAAAUAAGUUGGGGUGGGACUGAAAAUGAUAACCGUUUUUCCGAACGCGUUGGUUGCGACUUGUCGCAUUCCUGCUGGAAUUUAAACAUACUUCCAUAAAUUAGCCGCGUCGUAGCAACGUUAGCUAGCGAGCUAGUUAGCAUAGUGUGCUAGCUAGGCAAUUAAGUAACUAAGUCUCAACUGACUAGCUAGGGGAGCUCGAUUCGUGUGAAUUUGUAAAAUGAUAACGGUGAGGAGCAUUAGCUUUUGAAAGAGCCUCAGCUAACCCGCCUCAGUCGAAUGAAGCGCGUUGGCUCCGUUAGGUUUGACAGGUAGACUUAAAGUAGCUACAGCGAUUUAUCUUCAAACCAGCGGCAUAAUUUAUAAAACCUUUGAGCCAUGUUGAACAAAAUCUACGAAUGGGUAGAAACGAGCUUUGCCAAUCUUCGCAAUGGUGAGCCAGCUGUGGGGGACUCUGAACAUCGGACCCCGGGCGAUGGUCCGUUAAGGAGGAAAAGACCAAUUGAAUGUUUGGAAGAUGGACAACAGAUCAACCAAGAUGGCAUAAUCAGAAAGAAAUCUCGAAUGGGAGAUCUUAUUGACACAGUCAAGGUUGCAGCUGAAGGGGUUAAGAGUCACAGCUCCAGUGUGGCUACAUGGAUGAGAAACAAUGUGAGCCCGACCUUGAGCAAUAUACUGCCUGCCUCUACCAGUCCUCCACCUGGAGAGCCACAGCCCUCAACAUCAGCAGUAGUCUGGGCUGGGAUGCCGAUUGUUGAAAGGAACUGUCUGGAUAAGAUGUUCGCUGCUCCCUCGACAACAUUAGAGUGGAAAACAUCCAAAUCGGAAUGGUUGCGCCAUGAGAAGAACAUUAUGGGAUCAAAAGUCUGUCGGCGACAAGUGUGCAUGAGUCCUACACAUCGUGAAGUGCCAAAAAUAAAUGGGCAUUCUGUCAACUUGCCACCCUCCAUCACCCCAAAAUCGCACCCGUCUCCACGGCUAGGCAGGCCCCUAAACCUCCGACCAUAUGGAACACCAAGUUUUAGUGGAGUGGCAAGCAGCUCUUGCACUAGUAUGUAUGAGAAGACAUUUCCCAUCAAUGUAGUGCACAGCCCAACACACAGCACCUCAUCUGGGCGCAUGCACAAUGCCAGGCCCCGCUGCACAGCACAGCAGUCUGUUUGUGAAGAGGAGAAGGAGGUCUACAGGCAGCUUCUGACCAUGGUCUCUGGUGGUCAGUCAUCUUUCCUUCACAACGGCAGCUCACACACCAUUGUGAGGUCACACAGAGAUUUUACCAGCUUCCUGACUACCAGCCGCAGACUGCUGCAGUUAUCUUCCCCUUCUAGGUCAGCAGUAGGAGGAACUUCAGAGGGACCCAGCAGUACCCCUAGCCCCACAGGGAUGUCCAGCCAGAGCUCCAGCAACCUCCCCAGCCCAGUGUGGAAUUCCAAUAGGCCAGGGAUCCAGACGUGGUCUCUGGACACAGACCCCAGCAGAGCAGCUACUCUCACAGCAGCUCCCUCCCCAUCUGCUCUUAUGGAUAACUCUUCUCAGGACACACAAUCAUCAGCUCAUGAUGGUGACUCUGUAAUUAUUAUAAAUGAGAAAAGGGGUAAAAAGCAAGAACGCUCAAGUGUGCCAUGUUUCCAAGCAGAGUUAUGGAUCAAAGAAUUGACUAGUAUGUAUGACUCUCGGGCGAGAGAAAGACGGAGACAGAUUGAAGAGCAGGAGGCCCUGGCUUCUCUGCUGCUGCGACAGCGCCUGUCUGAAGAGUCGCAACGCAGCCCAGAUGUGGAGGUCUAUGUUCGAGUCCCUUUGGAGAAGGAGGUUCCUUUGACUCUUGUGAUAGAAGAACUAAAGCCUUCAGUAGAGAAACCCGAAUUCCCCGAACUCACAGAGGAAAUGGAUGCUGAGGUGAACAGGGUGCUGAGAGGAGGUAACCAUGAAGUGUUAAGUGAAGGUUUUGGUCUCAGCCUCACACGCAAAGACCUGCAGACCCUCAGCAACCUUAACUGGCUCAAUGAUGAGGUGAUCAACUUUUACAUGAACCUGCUGGUGGAGCGCAGCAAGGACCCCAACCUGCCAUCGGCCAAUACGUUCAACACUUUCUUCUAUCCCAAGCUGCGCAGCAGUGGCUUCUCUGCUGUCCGCCGCUGGACCAAAAAGAUGGACAUCUUUUCUAAAGACAUCCUACUGGUUCCUGUCCACUUGGGGGUGCACUGGUGCCUCUCUGUGGUGGAUUUCCGCAAAAAGGCUAUAUUGUACUUUGAUUCCAUGGGAGGAAACAAUGAUGAAGCAUGCAGAAUGUUGUUUGAUUACCUGCAACAUGAAAGUAAGGACAAGAAGGGCAAAGCACUGGAUACAUCAGGCUGGACUCUGCACAGCAAAAAGCGCAAUGAAAUCCCACAGCAGAUGAAUGGUAGCGACUGUGGAAUGUUCACAUGCAAAUAUGCAGAUUACAUUACCAAAGACAAGCCAAUCACAUUCACACAGAACCACAUGCCCUACUUCAGAAGACGGAUGGUUUGGGAGAUUCUGAAGCAUAAACUGUUGUAAAUGUGUGUAGUCGGCUCACUAUGUUGGAAAUCCGCUGCGAUGGCUGAGCUCCGCUCAACAGAAGGAUCUACUCGUCGUCCUGUUUUGGGAAAGACUUGCACGCCAGAUCAGGAACCAGCUCAGCUCCUCUGCAUCCUCUACCGUCAAUCAAGCGCUCAGCUGAUCUCGGCUGAUGUGAUGUUGCUGGAGCACCAAGCACUGCCUCCCAGUCCUCGACUCCACUUUGGGGUUUUUGAGCACCCAUGGAGCUUCAGUUGAGCAGCUGACAAGCUGCGUGUUUUGAAUCGCCUCUCCGGAACAGCUUUUUAAUUCACACUUGUACUGACUUACAAACCAUACUCUGAUGCAGCGGUCCGUUUGAUGCAGACAUACCAAGUUUACAUGUUGUUUUUGUCUUACAGGGAGAUGAGCACCUUAUGCUGCUUAUUUUUAUAAUGACAGUAAUACUACUUUUUAGUGUUGCUGUCAAUGUUUGAUACUUUUGGUACAUUUAAAAGGAAAAUAAACUUUACCAUGAAGACUCGUUUGAAUGGCUUCUAGUCUUAAAAAUAUUUUACUUAGUAUUUGGGCACACUAUUUUUUUUAUUGUUUCCCCCUAUAAAACAUUUCACCUCAAACAACUAUUUUUGUAAUUUGUUUGAAUAAAAGGUCCAAAGCUUCUUCCAG